CAGGAGCCGCAAGGAGCCUAAGACGGAAUGAAAGCUGGUGAAAUAAUAAACGUCUGAUCUGCCGAGAAAGAGCAGCGGAGGGAGGAAGGAUGCGCGCGUCUGGAUGAGAGACCCCCGCUGGGCGAAGACGCGCAGCGGAGGCUACGUGUUAGCUGAGCCGUGAAAAAAAAAAAAAAAGCUCCGAGGAUGAGGUGGAGGAAAAUGAUCACAUCACCAGCGAUCACCGGUUCACACGCAUCCCGCUCGGAUUAGAAAUCUGCAUCUGUCUGGACAUCCCGAGCUCGGUGUUGAUCGGCUGCCUCCACCUUCCAGGUUUUCCUCCGACAGAUGUGGGCUGCAUCAGGGACGGAGGCCUGCUCGGGAUACAUCGCGAUGAGCAGCAUUGAUCGUCCCCAGCAUCACGGGCGACUCCUGGAUGAGUCUGCUGCACCGUUUCCACACGUUAUGGACGCCUUUGCCAUCUUCAGGUGAGAUGCAGCCGAUGUGAGCGGAGCAGCGUUACUGCAACACGACCCGAGCUGCUCUAUCUGCUCCAUCACGAUGAUGGGUCUAACCUGACUCUGCUGGAUGUCACUCCCUGGCACUGCUGCGAGUAUGGGCACAAAUAUCACCGAGGUUCCCUGGGAGCCUGCUUCCGCCCCUGAUUCCGCCCAGUACCCGGUGUGGUCCACCACGGCCGGUUGCGUGGUGAAGAUGGUGCUCAUAUCAUUCAUUGUGUGUGUGUCCUUGUUCGGGAACGUGGUGGUGCUGCUGGUGUUCCAGAGGAAGCCUCAGCUCCUUCACGUGGCCAACCGCUUCGUCCUCAACCUCCUGCUGGCCGACCUGCUCCAGACUAUAUUGGUCAUGCCCUUCGCCAUGGCGGCCACCGUGCCAGGUGUGUGGCCCCUGGAUGUGCGACUGUGCCAGGCCCUGGUGGUGCUCAUGCACCUUUUCGCAUUCGCCGGGGUCAACACCAUCAUAGUGGUCUCUGUGGAUCGCUACCUGGCCAUCAUCCACCCUCUGUCCUACCCCACCCGCAUGACCCCUCACCUGGGCACCAACCUGAUCAUCUGCACCUGGGUGCUCAGCUUCUUGCAGAGCACGCCGCCUCUGUACGGCUGGGGGGCCAUCGACUUUGACCGACACCACAACAUGUGCUCGGUGGUGUGGUCCUCCAGCCUGACCUACUCUGCCGUGGUGUCCGCCUUCUCUUUCUGGCUGCCCGUGCUCAUCAUGCUGGGAUGUUACUGGAUGGUGUUCAGGGCAGCUCGGAGGCAGAACGCUCUCGUGCACCCCAUACAGAAGCAGUCCUACACCCAGCCAGCGCCGCAGGACUCCCAGGGUCCCGGCAGUCCACAGCGGCAGCCCCAAGCCCAGCCGGCGAGUUCACCGGAAGGCCCCUACGUAGCCAGAGGAUGCCCUGUUCGGGUCAGGCACAGGCGCUUCCACUACCACUGCAAGGCCGCUCGGGUAGUGUUUGUGAUUAUGGCCUCAUACAUCCUCAGCAUGGGGCCUUACAGCAUACUGAACACAAUAUCUAUGAGCUCCAGGGCGCCUGUGCCCCCCUGGCUGUCCUCUGUUGCGCUCGUGCUCUUUUUCUUACAGUGCUGCCUGCACCCGUACAUUUACGGUUACAUGCACCGCAGUGUGAGGAAGGAGUUCCUGGCCCUGCUCUGCGGGUCCUUCUGCAAGCAGGGCCGUCCCAGCCAGAGCUCGGCUGUGGAGAGCUGCUUCACCACCACAGAGGGACGCUCGGGCCCCCACCCUCACCUGCCCAGCCUGGCCGCCCGGGUCCUCCCUCUGCGGACCUGGGAGGAAUGCACGACCUCCUCCACCCCCACUUUUGAGAGGAAGUCCAGGGACAGCCGCAAAGACACGGCUUCCACCAGCAUCAGCUCGGAGAGGGAGCUCACCGUCCACAGCAAACAAAGCACAUGAACGGCCUUGAGAAUUUGGAGCAAUGUCCUCAUACAACAGGGUUAUUCAUUAAGAAGUUACUUGCAUUAGGAACAACAACUUGACAAUGUUUUUCUUUUCUAACUUGAUGUCAGAUGUAUGUAAUGGGGGGGUAAAUUGACCGUGUAAAAUAAAUCUCGGUCAAAUGUUGAGAAACAUGUUUUAUGUUUUGUCUCAUUAGUUUAAACGUGUGCAGUUAUUAUACAAUAGCUACACAGUAAAACCAGAAACAACAUUUCAUUUGUAUUUUAAGGUAUUUAACCUACAAGUCACUUAUUAAUACCAUUAGGGUUUUUGAACUGCUGUGAUUUAGAAAAUAUCACAUUGGAUUUGUGAUGUGUGAUCACUUUUUAUUUAUUCGGGUUACAGAAGUAUUGAUCUGCAGUAUCUACGCAGCUACUCGGUCUCCAUUAAUCCUUUUGUGUGUGUGUUGUGUUUGGAGUCAGAGGAUGUGCUGUGUACCUUGUGUUGAGGCGAGCGAGCGUCGCCUGCCACACAAAUGAACUCAGGAUCUGUUUUUGGAAAAACUUCGUGGUGCCCUUCUCUGUUCUUGAGCAAGUGGAACAUGUGCGUGUUUACGUCCUCGUGUCUGUAACUCUUCUUAGUCUCAAAGCGCCUUUUGAGGAAAUGACUAGAUCGGUGACGCAUUGUGCCUGUUCAAACACACAAGGGUUGGUGGAUUGCUCUCCUUGAUGGGAUGGAUAAACAAACCAGUUUGACUUAACCUCUGUUUCCUUUAAUUCUAGUUCAAAUGAUGUGGGAAUUUUUAAUAUAUAUCGGUCCGGAGACUGUAUUUUCUGCCUUUGUGAUGUCAGCCUUUCUUUGAGGAAGUACAGUGUUAUUGUUGAAUCAGUGCAGUGCAUAGAGAACAGGGUAUAUACUCCAGUGGACCAGUUAUUUAACGUAGGCCACAUUGUAUAUAUAUAUAAACCAGUGGCGUAUAAAUAUAUGAGUUUUCUUAUGUUCCUCUGAACACAUGUAUAUUUGUAAAGAUCCCUCCUGAUAGAACCUGCCCUCUCACAGCCAGAGAGGAUGAACAGCUGCCAUGACUCAUCUCAUAGAAAGGCGAAUCCCUGAGCUGAUUGUAGAUGAUGUGUCGCCAAAGGAUUUCACAGUUGCACGACCACAUUAUGUGCAUUAUUUGAAAAGAUUGUCCGGUUCUGUGGUCCAGUUUUUAUAACUUUUAAAUGAAUGUUUUAUUAUUAGGAUCAUGAUUGAUUUAUCGUACUUGACUGGACUGCCAUAGAUUUGAGCCUGGAGUCAUUCAACAGUAUUAUAGCUGACAAUCAAGCUUGUACAGCAGGUCUGACACGUUUCUCUGUGCAAGACAAAAAGUGACACAACAGUGUGUGGAACAGUUUAUCAUCAAAUAGGAGAGUAGUAAUGUUUUUUAAGUGCUUUAAAAUGACAUUGUGAUUUCUAUCGUGCUUUUGCAUUAUUUCUGGUUUUCAUCAAUCAACAUCACACGUUGUCUGUUGUUUAA